AUGAACCCAUCAACAUUGUCUAGUAAAAAAACUGGGCAAGUUUCAAAGUCGAAACUGAGACGUAGAAAGCAGCUGAAACCGUACAAAGAGUUACCACAAAACCAGACACCAUCGAAAUGCAGAGUUUGUGGAAAUCCAGCGAUCGGAUAUCAUUAUGGAGCUCCUUCCUGCAAUGGCUGCAAAAUAUUUUUCCGUCGGGUUAUUGUAACUGGACGUAAAAUUGUAUGUCCCAAAGAUAACAAUUGUUUUUAUGGAAUUGAAGUACUUGAUAUGUCUAAGAGAAUCUGUCGAGCAUGUCGACUCAAAAAAUGUUUGGAAGUUGGAAUGAAUGCGUUGGCAAUUGAAGCAGAAGCUAUAAGUGAUGAAGGAAAAGCAUUGAGAGAUGAACUGAUGAGAGGGAAAGAUUCAAUUGCAGUUGUUUCAUCGCUCAUAGUUACCGAAGAAGACCUUCUAGACAGAACUAUCCGUAAACUGAAAUUAAUUGAGACGAAGAUCGAACCACUUCACCGUGCAGGAGUCCCACCUGGUUAUAGAGACGUUCGGCAUCUGGAAAAGAUUCUGGAUGCCCCAGUAACACUCAAUAUCUCUGAUAUUCCAAAUUUGAAGUUGUGUUCUCAUCCGUGUACUUUGGGGAAUUCCACUUAUCGAAAACCCGUAAACUAUGCACAUAGCAGCUUCUUGGCUGCCAUUGAAUCUUCCAAGAUGUUUGAUUUCUCUUCUAAAAUUGAUUUAGAUUCCAAAGUUGCUUUGAUGAAGCACACGACAGUUAUUUGUUCGAAUAUGAUGAAUGCGUAUUUCUCAAUGAAUGAAAUGAAAUCAGAUGUCCUGUUAUACCCAGAUGGUAGUCACAUCGAACCAUCAACUGGAGAUGUUAAGUUGCUUCAGAAAACACUAUUUUCAUUUCUAAACAAUAAAGUGGAUAACAUUGAAUAUCUAUUGUUGAAAGCAAUAAUGAUGUGUAAUCCAGCUGUACAUGGAAUCAAUUUAGAGGAUCAAAAAACAAUAGAGAUAGAGAGGAAUCGAAUCAUGAAAUCACUUCUCAGCUACUCUCUUUUCCAACAUGGAAACUUACAUGGACCAUCUCGCGUUGCUGAAAUUCUAGCACUAGCUCCAAUAAUUGAGAACCAAUCGAAGCAUCAAAAGGACUUUCAUGUGUAUUUGAAUGCAAAACAUUUCCAAGAACAUUUGAAUCAAGGCCAAUUAGUUAGAAAGUGCAUCAGUUACAGUUACGAUGGAAUUCUGGAAUCAUGA